GUUCUCGUUGUUGACGGGACGCUCAUCAGAGGAGACACACGCAGUCCACUGCUGCAGUUCAUCCGCCGAUCAUCCCAAUAAGUUAAUAUGACCGCAGCGUUGAUACGAUCAGAGGGGGGGAAACACUUCAAACUGAGUCCGAUGGAACAGUGGACAAUAGGUCUACUUUUGUUUUUUUUAUCCGGAGUUCUGCAUGGAAAAGAGAUCCACUCUCUUACUAUACAAGAGUGCUGUGAGAAGGGGCGGGAUCGGGCCUUGGGAGGACAUGACUGUACAAUUCUCCCCCAGUUCUCUUCCUACACCUGCAUGACUGCACAGGAGCAGUGCUGCACAGCAGCAGUAGAAGACAAACUCUGUGACAAUGGCAUCAAGAUGGCCCGGGGGCAAGGGGCCUGUGAGAGGCCCUUCUUCCAAGGAGAACCCUGGGAAACCCAAGUCUCUAAGAUGUGUUGUGACUGUUGUGCGCUCGGCAUAAUGGCAGAAAGCCGGGGUUUGAGCUGCGAGCUCCGGGGUUUGUUGCUGGGGAGACAGUGUGCAUACACAGCUAAAACCUGCUGUGGGAAAAACACAACAGAGGAUAAAGAACCAGUGACAGAAAAGCCUAAGGCCAACGUUCCUGUCAAUAGGCCUCCAGAGGGAUCGGACACCUGUAGAGACUCCAAUUGCUCCCAGUUAUGUGUAGGUAACAGUACAUGUUCAUGCCAUGAUGGGUAUCGACUGCAAAACGAUGGAGUGAAUUGUAAGGAUAUUAAUGAGUGUCUGACUGGCAGUCACAACUGUAUCUUCGGCCAAGUUUGCAUUAACACAGAGGGCUCCUUUCGCUGUCAGAGGGAAACCAGCUGUGGCACCGGGUAUGAACUCACAGAUGCCAACACUUGCCAAGACAUAGAUGAGUGUGCACUGGGGACUCAUAACUGUGGACGAGACUUCAUUUGCACCAAUACUGCAGGCUCGUUCCGCUGCCACCCAAAGGACACGUGCGCUGGCGGUUUCAUUCAGGAUGCAGUCGGCAGCUGUAUUGAUAUAAAUGAGUGUGUGGCCCUUACCAGUCCAUGCCCGCCUGGCCAGACUUGUAUCAACGCAGUGGGCUCCUACACUUGUCGCAGAUACACAGUCACCUGUGGACGAGGCUAUCAUCUAGCUGAGGACGGCACACGUUGCGAAGAUGUAGACGAGUGUCGUACAGGCAGUGUGUGUGAAGGCCAUGGAUGUGUCAACCUGAUGGGCUCAUACCGCUGUGAAUGCAGAAAGGGCUUCAAUUUCAACACUAUCACCAAACUGUGUGAAG